AAUGAUCUGUUGUUAUUUAUGCCGUACGUAUCAACAACAAUCAGUCGGUUCGCUGUUGUAAACAGAUUCAGUGUCAUUUUUCUUUGUUGGUCAUUAAAAUUUGUGCGUGUGUGUGAUUGAUGCUAGCAAUAAAUUGGUUUUUGAUUUUAUUUGUAAUCAAAAUAUAAACAAUAAUUGAUUUGAUAGGAGGCAGUGUGUCUCAGAAUUAGAUAAUCGCCAGGGAAAUCUCAAUACAUUGAAUAUGUUGUAUUCAACGCGAUCGUAUAACAAAUGCAAAAAUAUGCGUCAUUUUGCAAAUGUCGCACUGAAAGAGAAUGAAACGGCCAGCAAUCGUUGCCAUGAGACACAAUUAAAACGGGUAACAAUGCCAGGAGCAACAACAACAACAAAAACGACGACGACGACGGCUUCAACGGUCAAAGCGAAAAAGUAUGAUGACAUUCCAGGGCCCAAAGGCAUCUUUGGCAUCGGCACAUUUUAUCAUUAUUUUCCCGUGUUUGGGAAAUACAAUUUUGAUGAAGUACACAAAUCCGGCCUGGAUAAAUAUGCAAAGUAUGGUGAUAUCGUUAAAGAGCGAAUGCUUCCCGGUGUCGACAUCAUUUGGCUGUUUGACCCAAAUGACAUAGCAAAAGUGCUGAAUAAUUCGGGGCCGGAUAUGUAUCCACAGCGCAAAAGUCACUUGGGCCUGAUAAAAUAUCGAAAAGAUCGACCACACAUUUAUAAACACGCUGGGCUGUUACCAACGAAUGGGCCCGAGUGGUGGCGUUUAAGAUCUGAAUUUCAAAAAGGCCUCAGUUCGCCAAGCCAUAUUCGGCAGUUUUUAUGUGAUUCAGACAGUAUUACCAAGGAAUUCAUAGCUCAAGUUGAACCCACUAAAACGACAGAUGCAGAGCUUGUCGAGGAUUUUCUACCGGAAUUAUCUCGGCUGAAUUUAGAGUUGGUUUGCUAUCUAUCAUUCGAUGUUCGAAUGGAGAGUUUCAGUGACAAAGAGCGACAUCCACAAUCCAGAUCGACUCGACUAAUUCAGGCAGCCGAAGAUGCAAAUAGCUGUCUGAUACCACUUGAUCAAGGUGUUCCAAUUUGGCACUAUAUCGAAACACCAAUCUAUCGCAAAUUUCGAUUGUCACAAGAAUAUUUGGAGAGUGUUGCUGUUGAUCUAGUGAGUCAGAAAAUCUCAUUUUUCGAUGAAAAUAGCAUCGCUCAAAAGACGGGUAAACGUUCGUUGCUCGACGAUUAUUUGUUGAAUCCCCGAUUGGAUUUGGCCGAUGUUGUUGGCAUGGCCUGUGACUUACUUUUGACUGGCAUUGAUACGACAACAUAUUCAACAUGCUUUUUACUUUACCACAUCGCUCGGAAUCCACAUGUCCAAGAACGCGUAUUUCAAGAAGCAUUCAAUGCUCUGCCCGAUUAUGAUACUGACGAAAUAACCGAAGAGAAAAUGGCACACCAAUUGACUUAUAGCAAAGCUGUACUUAAAGAGACAUUCCGAUUGAAUCCCGUAUCAGUUGGUGUUGGCCGCACCUCAAACACAGAUCUCAUUCUAAGCGGAUACAAUGUACCAAAAGGGACGAUAAUAGUAACGCAAAACUACAUUUCGUGUCGGUUAGCCAAGAAUUUUGAAUCGCCAUUGAAAUUUGUGCCAGAACGUUGGCUGAAAUCUGCUGAUGGGAAAUCGCUCAAAUCUACCGUGAAUCCAUAUUUGGUGUUACCUUUUAGCCAUGGAAUGCGAUCGUGUAUCGCAAGACGAUUCGCCGAACAAAACAUGCUUGUUCUAAUGCUUCGGAUAAUCCGAAAAUACGAAAUCGGCUGGAUGGGUGUUGAUCACAUGGACGUGAAAACCACAACAACCAUUAAUAAACCAGAUCACCCGGUAAAAUUGACAUUUAAGAAGCGAUCAAUUUGAACGUUCCUUCCAACCGGAGAACAAUUCUUUCCACUGUAUUUCUGAAAUCUCAGUCAGAGUUCAUCCCCGAACGUGCAAUCUGUUGACAAAACGAGAGUUAAAACUCGGCAAAUCAUUUUUCUUUAUAAAAUUUGUUUUUGCAAAUCCUUUUAAACGAAUUUCUUUGUUUUUUUAAACAUUCUUCAUUUAUAUUUGACUGAAUAAAAAAGUUUCUUCGAAAUAAAA